AACUAAGGAACGACUAAACGUCGGCCAUUUUGGCACGGUACUAGGCGCUCGAUAUUAACAAAUCCUCGAUUCCCAGCUAGAGCGAGAGAAACUGUAAGCGUGACUGAGAAGAGUAGAGGGUGAAAUGGGGUGAGUGAAAAAGAUCGAGAGAGACAGUGGAGAUGAGAAAGAGAGGUCGAACGUUCCGCGCAACGCAAACAUUGUUUCGUUUCAUUUCGCGAUCCGUCGCGGAAUCAUAUUGCGCCGAUUCCAAUAUUUCCAUCGUUUUAUUGCGAUUGUGACCACCCCCUUGCCUCGCCGAUUCCAUCAUACCUCUUGUUGUUCGUUUACCUCAUCCUCCAAUUUAUUCGUCGAUCGUUCGAUCGUUGAUCCUUCGAAAACUUUCAAACUUGAUACUUCAUGUUUAUUUUCAUAUAAAUCUUCUAUUUUCAUCCUAACUCAAUUCUUUUGUGUAUAUUACUUAGUUUCAAAUUCGGGUAUUAUAUUUCAUUAAAGUAUUCAUAUUUUUUAUCUGUUAACUGUUGAAACGUACACCUCUUAAAAAUGAUAGUAGUUACCGAUUCACCCGGUGUAACGUCAGUUCUUUACUUCCGGCACACCCUAUACAGGCUGUAAGCUAUUUAAAAGCAACCUGUACGAGUCUUCGGACAUCUUCAAAUCCGCAUCGGUAUGCAUCGAAGCGUUAUUCCGUAAUCCUUGCAGCUGCGAGCGUGUUCGUCGUAUUCGCGGUCUCGUUGUGUAACGACCUCUCAUAGCAUAUAAGAUACACGGUCGCUUCAUCCUCCGCAAAACCGCUCGUGAUGGUGUCGUAUCGUGGCGAACAACAUUCGCCUCCGGUUACCAUAACAUAGCCAGUCCCGUGAUAUCUAAACACCAUAAGGGACCAUAGUACAAAGCCAGCAAACACCAGUGAAUAUAUCCAUGGGAAUUGGUAAAGUUCAAAGAGGACCUCCAAGGACGAUCACCAUAGCCUUGACUUUGCUCCUUUGAUGUCCCCAUGGAUGAAUUGAAUUAUUUUCGGGAUUUCUGUAAUGAGAUUCUUUUUGUCAGUGGUUUCGUGAGUGUUAAUUAUUGAGAUGACGUUCUUUGACAAUAAUACCAUGAAACAUAGCGCGAAGUAUCCUACGCUGCCGGCAAGCUUGCCAAAGGAUUUGUGUUUGACUUGGAGGAAUAUUUCUUACACGGUUGAAAGAAAAAGGAACGGAGGUAGCUUUCGAGCAAUUUUCGGUUUGCAACAUACAGAAGUUGUUCGAUUACUGAACGGAGUCAAUGGUAUAGUUAAUUCUGGAAUGUUGAUGGCUAUUAUGGGACCAAGCGGGUCUGGGAAAACUACGUUGCUCGCAACGAUCAGUCGACGUGUUAAAGGUCGGGCCACAGGUGACAUUUUGUUAAAUGGGAAACCUGUAGACACUGACCAAAUGAUAAGGAUAUCAGGAUUUGUUCCGCAAACAGACCUAGCUAUCGAAUCGCUGACAGUCCAAGAACAUAUGGAAUUCAUGGCAUGCAUGAAAAUGGACAGGAGGCUUCGGGCGAACAUCAGAAGGCAGCGUAUAAUGGUUUUGUUGGGAGAACUCGGACUGGGAAAAUGUGGAAACUCGAAACUUUCAUCUUUGUCCGGCGGCGAAAGGAAGAGGGUCACUUUAGCCGUUCAACUUCUCACCGAGCCGAGUAUUCUAUUUUGCGACGAACCAACCACGGGGUUGGAUAGUUACGGUGCCAUGACGGUGGCGAGGACACUCAGGGAGGUCGCUGCCAGCGGAAGAAUCGUCAUCUGUUCUACACAUCAACCAGCUUCCGGUCUUUUGGAAAUUUUUCACGAGGUUCUUCUGCUUUCUGGGGGUAGAGUUGCUUUUCAAGGUUCCUCUGCCGACGCCACGGAAUUUUUCGAUAGUUUGGAUCUUCGUUGUCCUCCAACAUACAACAGCGCGGAAUUUUACGUGUCUCAAUUGUCGAUCGUUCGCGGUAGAGAAGCUGAAAGUUAUCGAAAGGUAAAUUGGAUCUGCGACCAAUAUCAAAGAUCGAAGUACGGGCAAAGGGUAUCGAAAUUGAUCGAAUAUUCUUGCGCAAGCACGUCAGAGAACAACGAGCUUCCUUUGAUCUUUUCGGAUGUCUCUUUGACUCCUCGAAAUUUCAAGAAAGCUCGUGGAUUCACGCAAUUACGUUGGCUAACGUGGCGAACGUACGUCGAUUACAAAAGGAACUCCGCUUCCAUUCUCCUGCGAUUUAUAACUUACAUGAUCAUAGGACUGCUAAUAGCAUCUCCUUACUUGGACGUGGCAGGAAAAGCCAUGAAUCAGGGCACUAUACAAAAUAUGCAAGGUCUUUUGUACCUAGUGGUCGUCGAGACGGUUUUCACCUUUAAUUACGCUGUUUUUUAUACGUUUCCGAGAGAAUUACCGCUUUUAUUGCGCGACAUCGCCAGUGGACUUUAUGGUCCGACACCGUAUUACAUCAGCAAGGUUGUCGUUUUGCUACCAGGAGCUAUAGUGCAACCAUUGCUCUACAGUGGAUUCAUAUUCUCGAUCACAGGACUAAAGGGUGGAUGUUUAGGAUUUAUCUACUUUGCACUGCCAGUAGUAAUCUGUGCCAUUUCCGCUUCCGCUCUUGGUUGUUUCUUAUCAGCCUCGUUUAAAUCAGUGGACACUGCCUCUUUGUUUUCUGUGCCUUUGGAUUUCCUUGGUCUGAUGUUUUGUGGUAUCUACUUGCAUCUCGGACAUUUAGCACCUGGUAUCUCCUGGUUAAAGUACUUAUCACAAUUUUAUUACGGUCUCGAGGCAGUCUCUUUAACGCAGUGGCUGUUAAUUGAUGACAUAAGCUGUUCUCCGGAUCCGGAAGAGCCUUGCAUAUCCAGUGGAUUGGGUGUCCUUGAGAAAUAUGGCUAUUUACCAUACCAUUACACGAUGGAUUUAAUCGGUCUUCUGGCGAUAUAUUCGUUCAGUCAUUUAGCUGGUUUCUUGGUGAUUAAAUACAGAAGUCGUCAAGAACCUGUCUACUAAUUUCAUCUGAAUUUAAUUCAUCGAUUUUCAGUUUAUUGAUUUUGAUAACUAUUUAAUAAUUGUACAGUAUCUAUAAGUUAUUUUGUUAUCAACUAGAAUAAACUUUGCAGAAACGA